UAAAUCUAAAUACUUUCUUCCUCGUCGUGGACGAUAUGGCGGUGUGCGUGUUGGUGCAGCUAUGCGUGUUGGUGACGGCGGUAACAGCACGGCACGUCACCUACAACAACAGACCAGUGAUAGGUGUCCUCGCCCAAGCCACAGACAGCAAGACACAUGGCGACACCUACAUCCCGGCUAACUAUGUCAAGUACUUGGAGCAGGCUGGGGCAAGGGUAGUGCCAGUCAGAGUGAGGGAGCAAGUCACUUACUACGUCAAGUUGUUCUCACAGAUCAAUGGAGUGCUGUUCCCCGGUGGUAGUGUCGGCAUCGUGAGCAGCGACUACGCCAAAGCGGCCAGAAUCCUCUACGACAUGGCGGUGAAGGUACGAGCAAUAUGUAGCUUGCGUUGUAUGUUGCCAUAUCAUACACGAUGUCCUUGGACGCUGCAGGCUAACGACGCCGGGGAUCACUUCCCCCUGUGGGGCACCUGUCAGGGCUUCCAACUGCUGACCAACCUGACAGCCAGACAUAACCUCCUCCAGCCUACCGACGCUGAGAACAUAAGCCUCCCUCUCGACCUUACCCCAGAUGCCAAGUCUAGCAGACUGCUGGGUCGACUGUCACAGAAGACUCUUCACAUACUGACCACAGAGAACGUCACCCCAAACUUCCACCACUACGGUCUUUUGCUGGAGACCUUCAACCAGACCAAGUCGCUCACUUCUUUCUAUAGACCCAUCUCCACAAACAGAGGGCGGAAGGGGAAGGUGUUUGUGUCCACUAUUGAAGCCUUCAAGUACCCGUUCUAUGGCACUCAGUGGCAUCCCGAGGUCAUCAAUUUUGACUGGAACCCCAAGCAGGCGCUGGACCAUACCAGCAAUGGCGUCCUUAUCUCACACUACUUUUCAUCCUUCUUCAUCAACGAAGCUCGUCUAAGUGGCCACAAGUUCCCCAACGUUCAGGCCGCUGCAGACGCCGUCAUCGAGAACUUCCAUGUGAACUAUCAAAAUGACGGCACAUUCAUGGAGACAUACUAUUUGAACUACACCAAAUCUUACCCAUAACACAUAUGAUGAUAUGUACGACAGUGUUUUACUGCUUCAAAUCAGCUUCUCACACUUCCCACCAUAGGAAGAUGGCAGUGUUAGUCCGCCAUCACUUAAUUUAAGUUCUGGAUUCACGUCACCCUGAGAUUAUUAAUAUGAUCAUUUUCAUGCAAAGCCAUUUGCCAUAAAAGGAUAAAUCUAAUCACGUGUUUGAUGGGCACUGUUGUAAUGUAAUAGAGUUUGAAUGUGAGUAAAUAAAUGAAUGAUAGUGUCACUGCCUACACUCUACACUUUA